ACUUCCGCACAGGCCCGAAGCCAGCGGGCAAGAUGGCGGCGCCUGGGCAGCGGGAGGAGGAUCUGAGCCAAGAGCAGACAGAGAAGCUCCUCCAGUUCCAGGACCUAACUGGUAUCGAGUCAAUGGACCAGUGCCGUCAAACAUUGGAACAACACCAUUGGAACAUUGAGGCAGCUGUUCAGGAUAGACUGAACGAGCAAGAAGGGGUCCCCAGUGUCUUCAACCCACCUUCCUCUCGUCCUCUUCAAGUCCACACAGCGGACCACAGGAUCUAUAGCUAUGUUGUUUCAAGACCCCAGCCUAGGGGACUCUUAGGGUGGAGUUAUUACUUGAUAAUGCUUCCAUUCCGAUUCACCUAUUACACACUAUUGGAUAUCUUUAGGUUUGCAAUCCGGUUUAUCCGGCCGGAUCCCAGGAGCCGUGUCACUGAUCCCGUCGGGGAUGUAGUUGCGUUUAUUCAGAGUUUUGAGGAACAGUACGGAAGGACCCAUCCAGUCUUCUACCAGGGAACCUACAGCCAGGCACUGAACGAUGCCAAGCGGGAGCUGCGCUAUUUAUUAGUUUACCUUCACGGAGAUGACCAUCAGGACACAGAUGAGUUUUGCCGCACCACUCUGUGCUCUCCUGACAUUGUAAGCUUCAUCAACACUAGGAUGCUUUUCUGGGCCUGUUCCACCAGUAAGCCCGAGGGCUACAGAGUCUCUCAAGCUCUACGAGAGAACACGUAUCCCUUUCUGGCAAUGAUUAUGUUGAAAGAACAGCGGAUGACCGUGGUAGGUCGCUUGGAGGGCCUUUUGCAGCCAGAAGAUUUUGUCAAUCAACUGACAUUUAUUAUAGAUGCUAACACCACGUACCUGGUAUCAGAACGUCUCGAAAGGGAGGAGAGGAACCAGACACAAGCAUUAAGGCAGCAACAAGACGAGGCAUACUUGGCCUCGCUCCGAGCCGAUCAGGAGAAGGAUAGGAAGAAAAAGGAAGAACAAGAAAAGAAGAGGCAGGAGGAAGAAGAGGCAAGGCAACAGAUACUCGCAGAAGAAAGAAGACAACUGAGUUUGCAGGAAGAGAAGGAACGCAAAUCAGAAGGUCUUCCCCCAGAGCCACUUCCAGACGAUCCAAACAGUGUAAAAAUCAUCUUUAAAAUGCCAAACGAUACACGAGUGGAGCGGCGGUUUCUAUUUACUCAGUCAUUAAUGUUGAUCCACGACUUCUUGUUCUCCCUGAAAGAAACUCCCGAGAAAUUCCAAAUAGUGGCUAACUUUCCGCGGAGAGUGCUUCCCUGCCUGGCCACGGAGAAAACACCGAUUCCUCCUACCCUGCAGGAGGCAGGAUUGAGCCGCUGUGAAGUUCUGUUCGUUCAAGACCUCACCGAUGAUUGAGCCAAAAGCCAGCUCUCUGGUUGGUUUUUGUGUAGCUGCACAGAGUAACGGAUCACAGAGACUUCCUCACUAAAACGAGCCAAGUUUCUUCUGCGUCGGUGGGCAAAAAUCUAUGGAGCUGAGUUGCUCGUCAUUUCCUGGGAUGAACUGCACUUGCCCAUCACUCACUAUGCUAGUCCUAUUAUUUUUUUUAAAAAAAAGAUAUACCCGCUGUGUUGAGCAGCUUUUGAUCAGAGGAUGUAACAUAAAUAAACCCACACUUCCACCUUGAUAGACCCUGACUUGCUACCCUCCCCCCAAAAAAUUUGCCCCCCUCUCUGCUAGUUUUGUUUUUCCCAUGUACCUAUAUUUAUGUUGUAUUUCUAUU